AUGGAAGAUGCAAACUUGAUUGACACUCUGAAGCCUAUAAACAGUAACUUGGAAGGGAAUGAAAAUGGUAAGGAUGUUGAUCUGAAGAAGUAUAGAGGUAUGAUUGGUUCUCUUCUAUAUCCCACUGCAUCUAGAUCAGAUAUUAUGUUUAGCGUUUGUAUAUGUGCCUGUUAUCAAUCGACUCCUAAGGAAUCAUAUUUAAAAGUCGUUAAAUGCAUUCUUAGGUAUCUUCAUGGUGCUUCUAAGUAUGGUAUUUGGUAUUCUAAGGGAAGUGAUUGUAAUUUGGUUGGUUAUACCGAUUAUGAUUUUGUUGGUUGCAAAUCGGAUAAGAAGAGUACUAGUGGAACUUGCCACAUGUUUUCAAAUCCCUUAGUUAGUUGGCAUAGCAAGAAACAGGUUUUCGUUGCUUUGUCGACUGCCGAGGAAGAAUUUGUAGCAACAGGUAGUUGGUGUGCUCAAAUUUUGUGGCUUAAAUAA